AUGUCUUCUCUCAUGAACUCGGUGCGCCAAUAUUUGGCCUCUCAGCACAUGUCGGUUGUCGACGACUGGCUAGCUGGGUGUGUAGAAUAUCUUUCAGAAGACACAGAAAACAAUUAUAGCGAGGGUGAUAUAAAGAAGCUAGCUAAGGAACAAUGGUUGUUAAAUGAUUUGAAGGAAAUAUGCCCUGGGUCUCUGCCAGCAAACCUCAAGGGUCAGAUGAGGACUGUCCUCAAUGGACGGUUUGUGUUGCAGAUCAACGCUGUUAUGGAUAUAGGUACACCAGCCUACCAACAGUACUUGAAGUUGCAAAAAGUGAACAUGGAGAAUGUGGAGGCAACCACCAACUAUGAGGAUAAGAUUUCCAGUCACAGAAUGCUGAAGUUGUACAUGACGGAUGGUGUUCAAGAAAUAACUGCUUUAGAAUACAAACCAAUGAGGAACCUUAGCUGUGACAUCACACCAGGCUGUAAAGUACUUAUAAAAGGUCCUUUAGAAUGUCGUAGAGGGCAGCUAUUAUUGACAGAAAGUGCCGUGGAGCUGCUAGGUGGAGAGGUACAAGAGAUAGUGAUUUCUAACUCUCUGGCAGGACAACUGUCUGCUAAAUUAGGAUUACCUAUGACCCAAGAAUCAGACCUCAACUCGACAAUGAACAUUGUAAGAAACACAAAUAUACCAACACCACACACAGAAAUGCCGCCGCCACACAUCCAAGCGCCAACAUUUGACCAACAUCAAAACAUGGAUGAACCACCAAACUUUGCAGAUGAUGAAAUAGACAUAGAUCAACUGGCUGCUUUAGAGGAACAGCUAGUAGACAUACCUGCAAAGAGACGGCUAGAACCUCAAACACCAAAUCCAGGAAAGAAAUUCAAAACUGACACUGUAAACCAGUCCUUCGACUACCCAGAUGAUAAUGACAUAUUUUUGGCAGAAGAUGAAGACUAUUUGAGGGAACUUGAAGCUCAGAUAGAUGCAAGCGAUAAUGAAGUUAUAAUAUCACAGAAUAAAGGCAAUAAUUCCGUGUCAGCGGACCCGUUUGUGUAUAUAAAGCAGAUCAAAGAUAUGAAUGAAAGAGAUAGAAUGGGUAAAGUUUUUACAGUAAAAGGGCAAAUAAUGAGUUUGUUAUCUAAAUUAUCUGUGGGUAGAGAUGGGUGGAGUUUAAAAUGUACCAUAGUGGAUGGUACAGGGAGUCUAGAUGUUGAGUUCACGAGUGAUGUACUGUCUAAGUUAGUUGGUUAUACCCCUCAAGAAAUGAGUGCUAACAAAAGGCUGUUUGCUACAAGGCCUGACUUGAAAGAGAAGACUAUUUCGGGUCUACAAAAAGCAAAGGAUACACUACAAGUGUUGUAUUGUAUCAUAGAGCUGACAUUACUGGAUGUGCCUAAAAUAACAAAUCUCACACCUUUCGACGCCUCACACAUCGACCAGCUGAACAGAAGAAAUAUGAACUGA